AUGGAAAGAAAACUACCACCAGAAGAAACCGCAACAUUACCAUCAUUAUUAGCAACAAGUCUGGAUUUGUGCACACAUAUGGUGUUGAUCGAGGUGGUUUGUGUAAAUUGUUUGGAUUCCAAACAAUUUACAAAAUUAGUACGUUUAAUUACGGAUAAUGCAGCCAAUAAUAUAAAAGCAUUCGAUGAUAUUUUACUUCCCGGUUUUGAAACAUAUUUUGAGAAUGAUGACUAUAACAAUGAUGACAAUGGCUCUUUACAGAAUAAUAAUAAUGAUGAUGAUUGUGAAGAAAUAUUUAAUGAUGAUGAUUGUGAAGAAAUAUUUAAUGAUGAUUCGUAUGAUCACUUUGAAUUAGUACCGUUAGCUGAUGAUAUUAUUCAAUGUGUAAGUGAAAAUUUAGAAUUAUUACGUUUGCCAUGCUUCGCUCAUACGCUACAGCUGGUUGUUAAGGAUGGUAUUAAACAUGCAUCUAAUGCAACUGCUGCCUUAACAAAAGUUGCAAAAAUUGCAAAAUUCACUCAUAGCAGCACUUUAUUUGCUGAAAAAUUAGAUAAAUUAUCAAAGACAAUACCACGAGCAACAAAAUGUCGUGGGAAUAGUCAAUUUUUAACUGUUACUGCUGUUUUAAAUAUACCUAUAAUGAUACUCAAUGAUAUUUUAACUGAAUUAAAUAAAAAAGAACUAUAUUUAACAGAAAAAAAUAAAGAAGUUCUUGAUGA